AUCGCAUUAGAAACAUCCCACCUGCAAAUCAUAUCUUUGAACACAACUAAAGAGAUUUUGUAUCAAAGGAACGAUCAUUUGCAAUGAAGACAAGAACAUUCACAGGCAUGGAUAAAGGACUUAUCCUCUGUGUUCUGUUGGUGACACUGUCGUGGAGAUUUAUGGGCACAGAAGCAACCACCACACAUAUGGCAGAAAGCACGAUGACAAGUACCACUAUGUCGACAACAUCAAAUAGCGGCACGACAACUAUGGCAGAAAACACAGUGACAAGUCCCGCUAUGUCCACAACACCGACUAGCGACAUGACAACUACAGCAGAAAACACAGCGACAAGUCCCGCUAUGUCCACAACACCAAAUGGCGACAUGACAACUACAGCAGAAAACACAGCGACAAGUCCCGCUAUGUCCACAACACCAAAUGGCGACAUGACAACUAUGGCAGAAAACACAGCGACAAGUCCCGCUAUUUCCACAACACCAAAUGGCGACAUGACAACUACGGCAAAAAACACAGCGACAAGUCCCGCUAUUUCCACAACACCAAAUGGCGACAUGACAACUACGGCAGAAAACACAGCGACAAGCCCCGCUAUGUCCACAACACCAAAUGGCGACAUGACGACUACGGCAGAAAACACAGUGACAAGCCCCGCUAUGUCCACAACACCAAAUGGCGACAUGACGACUACGGCAGAAAACACAGUGACAAGCCCCGCUAUGUCCACAACACCAAAUGGCGACAUGACGACUACGGCAGAAAACACAGCGACAAGUCCCGCUAUUUCCACAACACCAAAUGGCGACAUGACGACUACGGCAGAAAAACACAGCGACAAGUCCCGCUAUGUCCACAACACCAAAUGGCGACAUGACGACUACGGCAGAAAACACAGCGACAAGUCCCGCUAUGUCCACAACACCAAAUGGCGACAUGACGACUACGGCAGAAAACACAGCGACAAGUCCCGCUAUGUCCACAACACCAAAUGGCGACAUGACGACUACGGCAGAAAACACAGCGACAAGUCCCGCUAUGUCCACAACACCAAAUGGCGACAUGACGACUACGGCAGAAAACACAGCGACAAGUCCCGCUAUGUCCACAACACCAAAUGGCGACAUGACGACUACGGCAGAAAACACAGCGACAAGUCCCGCUAUUUCCACAACACCAAAUGGCGACAUGACAACUACGGCAGAAAACACAGCGACAAGUCCCGCUAUGUCCACAACACCAAAUGGCGACAUGACAACUACGGCAGAAAACACAGCGACAAGUCCCGCUAUGUCCACAACACCAAAUGGCGACAUGACUAA